AUGGCGACUUGUUUGGUGACGGAUUUCCCAGCUGUAAGGAUUGUUUUAGAACAUCUUAGUGAGUUAGAUAAACGACUGAGAGAAGAGGGGGUUUUGUUUAGUCAAGAAGCGAGUCAUCACCUGACAGAGACGGCUGAAGCCAUUAAAGAGCUGGAAUCGUCUAGGAAAACAGCCCGUGAGAGACUUGAAGUUGAAACUAUUGAGACAAGCAAGCUUCGACAUCGCAAAGGGAAUUUACAAGAUGAAAUCAAAAGUGAAAUAGCAGUUUGUGUCACUGCAGCUAGAGAAAGCAAUGCUGCAGAGUUGAAUCGACUUCGGUCUGAAUUGAAAGCUGUUGUGGAUGACAAACAAUCCAUGGAGGAUAAGCAACAACUUCUUGAACAAGAAAAUGCUGCACUCCUUCAGCAGAGAGAAAACAUUACAAGAAACUAUGAAGAUGUCGUUGAUCAGCUGAAUCAGCAACUGGCAAAGAAAGCUGAUACACAGAUGCUGCUCAAAGAAAAACAGAAUGAGAUCCAGUCAUUGAAAGACAAAAUUGCCCAGGUGGAAAUGGCCCAACAGGUCCUGAAGGAAAACAGGAUUCAGAGGAAAAAAUUAUUUACAGGAAGCAAACACUCUGUGCAAAAGGAGCUAGAGCAAAUUGUUCUUAAGAUAAAAGAACAAAGAAAAAUCAAUGCAGAAACACGGAGAGAGACAGAAAGCAUUACAUCAGAGCUCAAAGACAAGGAGGACACAGUGAGACAAUGUGAAAACCACAUCUCCCAACUGGAGAAAAACAUUGCCAAGCUAACCACAUCUGAAAUUCAGUGCAAAGAAAGGCUUCAUGACGCGAUUGGCAAAACAGAGGAACUUGAAUGUCAAAAGGAGUUUCAUGAACGAGAACUGCUUGAAUUGGCAGAAGCAUUUGAACAGAAAGUUCAGGCCAUUCAGGAGCAGAUUGAAAAGAUUGAGAAUGAGCUGGAGGAAGAGCAGAAAGUGAAAAGUGCUCUAUCAGAGCAGUGCGCUAAACUGUCAGACAUCUUCAGUGCUCAGAGCAGAGAGGAAGAUGACAUGAUCGCUGAACAAAACAGUCUGUCCAAACGGUUAGAGGAGAGCAAACUGAUACAGGACAAGGACAUUAUAUCCAUUGCAAAACUUAAAUAUGAAAUCAAAAACAUUAAAAAAGAGACAGAACAGCUUCAUGAUGCUAACAUAAUCAGUGCAGAUGUGUUCAAAAAGUCCAUGUUGGAACUGGAAGGUCAAUUGGCCAACCACAACAUAAGCAGGCCAAAAUUUGAAGCUGAAAGAGAGAAAAUACGUCAAUCUUUGAAAACUCUUAAAGAGGAACAUGAGCAGCAUGUAAAAGAGAUGAAUACGGCAAUCGAACAAACACAGAAGAGAUAUGGAGAGCUUCUCAAGGAGGAGAAGAAACUCCAGGACCAUACAUUAUUGAAUUCGGUGAUAGAGGAUCUUACAAAUGAACUGACCAGCACAGAGGAAGAUGGAAAACAAAUGGAAAUUAACUACCAGGCUGAAAUUCAACAGCUUACAAGGGAGGCAGAAUCAAUCACUCAAGCUCAUAUGGAGAAGGAGCAGGAGCUCAAGGUUCAGGGAUCGAGUUUAGAGAUGGUGGAGUCUGGGUUUGACAUUGAGCGUCUCAAACAUCAGAAUUUAAAGAGCCAAAUAACAGAAUUGGAAAACCAGAAACAUCUUCUUGAGCUCUCUGUUCAGAAGAUCACCCGACAGACUGCAACUCUCAUACAUCCAAAGGAUGACCUGAAGAGAGAGUUGAUGACUCUGAGAGAAAAGCAUAUGGAGAUGUUAACUGCUAAUGCAGCAGAGAUCAGUGCCGUGGAGACAAACAUCUAUGAGAAUGGGGUCAUGCUGGAGCGGGUCAUGAUGGAGAACAGUCGUCUGCAUGUGUGCAUCGAACUAAUGAAGGAAGAAAUAAUGGCAGCAAAAGAAGACAAGGAGAAGUAUAUACAUGAGGCAGAGUGGAUGAAUGAGGAAGUGCAGUCCAUAUUUAAGAGUCUAAUAGACACCUGGACAACAGAUGUGCUGUUUACAGAGGAAUCUGCAGAUCAAGACCAGAAGAUUGUGGACGACAUAAACAGCCUCUUAGAGAGGAUCCAAGAAAGAAAACAUCACAUCGGCAACAUCAACAACAAGCUGGAGAAAGAGUUAAUGGGCAUUAGAGCCAUGUUAGAAAAGACAAACUACAAAAGUAAGGAUAUAAACAACUGAAUGGAAACAUUUACAGCGUUUUCAACAUUUUACAUUAACAUUUUGCUCAUUAAA